AAAAUCCAUGAGUAUCUUAGGCCCAACCGCCACAAGCCCAAGUUCGGUAUUCCCAGCUCGACGCCAUGGCAGCGCGAUUGACGAGAGCAAUAGCGGCCUUCGAAACUUCCGGCCACGGCCUCUCAAGACCGAGAUUAGCAUCUUCUUCAUCUUAUCCUUCGGAUUCGGCUUCCGCUGAGACGGCGUCGUCGCAGGAGUCGACUAAGAAGCUGACGGAUCGUCUCUCCGCUGUAGUCGACGCCGUUAACGACCGUAAACUUCCUCCUGAACUCCGUGGCCGGCGUAACGCCGUCAGGUCAGAGACUGACAUUAUAAAUGUUGUUGAGCAACGAAUAUGGCAUUCAAUGGAGCAGGGACAAUUUGAGAACUUGCCAGGGAAAGGAAAGCCGUUGGACCUCAGCAGCAAUCCCCAUGCUGACCCUGCUGAGGACACCUUAUACCGGAUUCUCUCGCGGAAUAAGUGUGCUCCAGAAUGGGUUGAACUAAACAAAGAGAUAAGGGAUAAAGUUGCAGUGUGGAGAUCAAGCCUGAAGAAAGCAUGGGGAUACAGAAGUAGUGGUAAUGAUGCUAAAUGGGUCGAGUAUUCAGAGGCUCUAAAGUUGCAGAUGCGUGACAUAAAUGACAAGGUUUUCCGGUACAAUUUAAUCGUUCCAUUUGGCCGUCAAAUAUUUGGAUUGAAGUGGGAAAAAGAACUUGAUUGCUUGAAAGAGGAAGGUCUAGAAAGCCAAGACAUUUCAUGAUAUACUUGCUUUCAUUUUUAUUGCUCGGUUGGUUUCUCCUUUUCUCCUAGUAUUUUGUCUUUGCUGGCUUGCUCAUAUAGGUAGACUGUCUUUUCCCCCUUUUUAGCAUAUAUAUGUAUGUAUAUAUAUAUUUACUACGGUGAGAUAACUUCUGGGUUGCACCUUAGAGUUUGAUUCUUACUCAUAAAAGACCUUGCCUAGACUUAAUUUCCUCCUUUAGAUUUGGCGGAAACACAUUAGCUGUAUGAUACUGUAAAGGGUUGUAGCACUUGGAAUACAAUAAGGAUAUAUGGAAGGAAAGAUUUAGUGAUA